CCCUCCCUUCCCCCCCCAAGUCUUUUGUUUGGGUCGCACCCCACUCCCGGAUCCACGCGCGUUUUGUUCGGGGGACCGCGCUCCCCGGAUCCACGCGCGCUUUGCUCCGCCGCCUCCCAGCUCCAGCUUUUUUUGAGGGGGGGUUGCAUCGCGCGCCCUGAUCCACGCGUGUUUCCGGAUCCACGCGUGUUUGUUUGUUUUUCUCUCUCUCCUGGGUGGCUCGCCAUGGCCAACUCCGGGCUGCAGCUGCUGGGUUUCGUGCUGGCCCUGCUGGGCUGGGUGGCGCUGAUCGCGGCCACCAUCCUGCCUCAGUGGCGUAUGUCGUCCUACGCGGGGGACAACAUCAUCACGUCCGUGGCGGUCUACCAGGGGCUGUGGAUGUCCUGCGCCUGGCAGAGCACGGGGCAGAUCCAGUGCAAAGCCUACGACUCCAUCCUCAACCUCAGCUCUGCUCUCCAGGCCACGCGGGCGCUCAUGGUGGUCUCCAUCGUGAUGGGCAUCAUCGGCAUUGGCGUUGCCUCCAUGGGCAUGAAAUGCACCCGCUGCGGGGGGGACAACAAGGUGCAGAAGGCGCGCAUCGCCAUGACCGGGGGCCUCAUCUUCGUGGUGGGAGGUUUAGCGGCGCUGAUCGCCUGUUCCUGGUAUGGAAACCAGAUUGUGCAAGAUUUCUACAACGUCACGGUACCUAUGAAUGCCAAGUAUGAAUUUGGAUCGGCGAUCUUCAUCGGCUGGGCUGGGUCUGCCCUGGUGCUGCUGGGCGGGGGUCUCCUGUCCUGCUCCUGCCCUGGGAAAUCAGGGUACAGCCAGCAGUACCCCAAGAGCAAAGCCACUUCCCGGACCCCCACCAGCAAGGAAUAUGUCUAGCGCCCUGAUCGGAUGCAAGCUCUCCAGCCCGUACCCCUUUCUGCCGUCAAUAUCCCGGCACCUGCGAAGGGGUUAACUCCUUGCAUUGGGGGGUACCCCACUUAGGAAUAUCGGGGUGCUCCUGAACUCCACAGGGAUGUUUUUAAAAGCAUCCAUGCCCAUUGAGAUUUGGUUUCAACUUUCCCAUGUUUUGGGGGUAUAGGGAGGAUUUUUGGAGGUGCCAUGUGCUUGUGGGAGGGUUAACUGAGUAAGGGGGUACCCCUAAAUUCUCUUCAGUGUAGUUGAUUGGGGGGAAGAGGGUGGGUUUUCAUUUUAUAAGUGGGGGAGGGUUUUUUAAGAGCACCCCAAAACAGGAUAUACCUGUAUAAAGGAUUUCUUAUGGGGCGUGUGUAUUCUGCCAGGCGUUGGAGAAAUCAGCUCAGAGGUUUUUCUACCUUUUUAGCCGGGGUUAAACCCCCAUAUAGCUGAACUGAUCUGUCUCUGAAGGGGGAGAUCCCCACCCUGAAAUCUUGCGAUCCGCCCUUAAAAUUCCCCCCCUUAAGAAUCUCGCCCCAUAAUCGCUAUGGUGGAAUUGUAUUUUAUUUUUUAUUUUUAUUGCAAGGGGGAGGAGGCCCCGUGGGGGAGUUUAAUUGGGGUGGUGGGGGAAUGGCCCAUGUCUUUUUAUUUAAAAGCACUCCCGCUCGUUAGGGGGUUUUAAAGAAUGAUUUGUGCGCGGCUGGGAUUCGUGUGGUCUUUGUCCUGUUUUGUACAGAAAUUAAAAAUUGUGUGUUUUGGAAACAGUGUGCGGUGCCUCCUACUGGAGAGAUCUGUCUUUGGGGGUGCCCUCUAGGAAUGGGGCAGGGUUCCCCAAAGGAAGAGCUCAGGGUGCGUGCACACUGCCUUCUCCAGGAAAGGUGGUGUCUGCAUCUCAGCACCCAGGCGAGGGGUCCCUGGGUAACCGGCCGCCCCACCCCAGAGGUGGCU